CGCACGGAGAAGGGGAGGGGCCGUGGGAAGGCUUAGCACCGCCCCAGAAAGGACGGAACCUUCGUGCGAGCGGAGCGCGCUGCUGCCCGGAAGCUCCUGCGCCCGGGCCAGACCGCCUGCGAGCCCGGCACCGGAAGUGAGCUGUUCCGAGGCGCCUCCGGGACCUGCCACGUCCGAGGCCUGGCGCUGCCGCUGCCGCUGCCGCCGCCGCCGCCGCCGUCGCCGCCGCAACCAUGGUGUCAGUAAUUAACACUGUGGAUACUUCCCAUGAGGACAUGAUUCAUGAUGCCCAGAUGGACUACUACGGCACCCGCCUGGCAACCUGCUCAUCAGACAGGUCCGUCAAGAUCUUCGACGUGCGCAACGGAGGGCAGAUCCUCAUCGCCGACCUCAGGGGUCAUGAGGGUCCUGUGUGGCAAGUGGCCUGGGCCCACCCCAUGUAUGGCAAUGUCCUGGCAUCCUGCUCCUAUGACCGCAAAGUCAUUAUCUGGAAAGAGGAAAAUGGCACCUGGGAGAAGACACAUGAGCACACGGGACACGACUCCUCAGUAAACUCUGUGUGCUGGGCCCCCCAUGACUACGGCCUGAUCCUAGCUUGUGGGAGCUCAGAUGGAGCCAUCUCUCUGCUGACUUACACCGGGUUGGGCCAAUGGGAAGUGAAGAAGAUCAACAAUGCUCACACUAUUGGCUGCAAUGCCGUCAGCUGGGCCCCUGCUGUCGUACCUGGAAGCCUCAUAGACCAGCCAUCUGGGCAGAAGCCCAACUACAUCAAGAAGUUUGCAUCAGGCGGCUGUGACAACCUCAUCAAACUGUGGAAGGAGGAAGAGGACGGCCAGUGGAAGGAAGAGCAGAAGUUGGAAGCACACAGUGACUGGGUUCGAGAUGUGGCCUGGGCCCCCUCCAUCGGCCUGCCCACGAGCACCAUCGCCAGCUGCUCCCAGGAUGGUCGAGUGUUCAUUUGGACCUGUGAUGAUGCCUCGGGCAAUGCGUGGUCCCCCAAACUGCUGCACAAGUUCAAUGAUGUUGUAUGGCAUGUGAGCUGGUCCAUCACAGCCAACAUCCUAGCUGUCUCAGGCGGAGAUAAUAAGGUGACCCUGUGGAAGGAGUCGGUUGACGGGCAGUGGGUGUGCAUCAGUGAUGUCAACAAGGGCCAGGGUUCUGUGUCCACUUCAGUCACAGAGGGUCAGCAGAACGAGCAGUGACAAGACAGGCACAGCCUGCUCUCUACCCUGCUGCCUCCAGGACUGCCCCUUCGUGGGCCAACUGACCACACAGCUGGGAGGAAGAACACCCAGCUCCCACAAGAUCACUUUCCUGGGAGUCGUUAAGAAAUGCACCCAGAUUAUCAUCUGCCUUAACAUGAUUUGAUAUGGUUUGUAAUUUACUGUCCACCUGAACACACACUUGUUCUGAGGGAAAAACAAGCGUCAGCUCUAUCAUUUUAAGAUAUUGUUGGUCAUUUUUAUGUACCUUUUAGGUUCAGACAUCAUUUGGGGGGGUGGGGAAUUGUUUCCAAAGUAAUUAAAUAAACUUGUAUUGCUUAUAA